CCACUAUUCGAGUCACAGAGAAUACAUACCUUACUAGCGGAACAUUAACAGCUAUUAGCAAAGCAGAAGAGGCAGGAAGAGGAAAAAGAAACCUGUCCUAGAGAUAUCCCAACAACUACACAAUCAUCAAGUCAUCAUGCAACCUCGGAUUUCAAUCAUGAAACGACCACCUCGUAAUCAAACAACAAUGCACCAAGUUCAUCGUCAUCCUAAUCUUCACCCUCAAGCCAAUAUUCCUGGCCGUGAAGAUGAAGAUUACAAUCUGAAGGACACCAACCCACAACUGGGAGAGCGGUGGCCUAAUGGAGGAAGAGGGUGGAUGAGUGGUGUUGGAGGUGGGGAGAGGCACGCAAGCACAUAUGACCUCGUUGAGCAGAUGUUCUAUCUCUAUGUCCGAGUCGUGAAGGGCAAAGAUCUUCCUACAGGAGCUAUCACUGGAAGCUGUGAUCCUUAUGUGGAAGUGAAGCUUGGGAACUAUAAAGGAAGAACAAGGCACUUCGAGAAAAAGAUGAACCCAGAAUGGAACCAAGUCUUUGCUUUCUCUAAAGACCGGAUACAAUCAUCUAUUCUAGAGGUCUUUGUGAAAGAUAAAGACAUGAUUGGCAGAGAUGAUUAUCUAGGAAGGGUGGCUUUUGACCUCAAUGAAGUCCCAACUAGAGUUCCACCAGACAGUCCACUAGCUCCUCAAUGGUAUAGGCUCGAGGAUCGGCGAGGCGAAGGCAAGGUAAGGGGUGAAAUCAUGCUUGCUGUAUGGAUGGGAACUCAAGCUGAUGAAGCAUUUCCAGAAGCUUGGCAUUCUGAUGCAGCUUUUGUGUCUGGAGAAGGUGUUUUCAAUAUUAGAUCAAAGGUUUAUGUGUCACCAAAACUAUGGUAUCUGAGGGUCAAUGUCGUCGAAGCUCAAGACGUGAUACCCAGUGACAGAAAUCGCCUGCCAGAGGUGUUUGUCAAAGCUCAGGUGGGAAGCCAAGUGCUAAAAACAAAGAUAUGCCUAACUAGAACAACCAAUCCACUUUGGAAUGAAGAUUUGAUUUUUGUGGUAGCUGAACCAUUUGAGGAGCAACUAAUAAUCACUGUGGAGGAUCGUGUUCAUCCUUCGAGAGAUGAGGUGCUUGGGAAGAUGAACUUGCCAUUGACCAUCUUUGAGAAGCGGCUAGACCACAGACCAGUUCAUUCUCGCUGGUUCAAUCUGGAGAAGUUUGGUUUUGGAUCACUAGAAGGUGAUAGGAGGAUGGAGCUGAAGUUUGCAAGUAGGAUUCACUUAAGAGUUUGUCUUGAAGGUGGAUACCACGUGCUUGAUGAAUCAACUAUGUACAUUAGUGAUCAAAGACCAACAUCAAGACAGCUAUGGAAGCAGCCCAUUGGGAUACUUGAAGUGGGAAUUUUAGGGGCACAAGGGCUUCUCCCGAUGAAGAUGAAGGAUGGUCGAGGAAGCACAGAUGCAUACUGUGUUGCAAAAUAUGGCCAGAAAUGGGUCAGAACCAGAACCAUCCUUGACACUUUUAGUCCCAAAUGGAAUGAACAAUACACUUGGGAGGUCUAUGAUCCUUGCACUGUGCUCACACUUGGGGUUUUUGACAAUUGCCAUUUAGGUGGCACCAUUGAAAAAGGCGGACGAGAUUCACGAAUUGGGAAAGUCAGAAUUCGGCUUUCAACUCUGGAGGCUCGUAGAAUCUACACUCAUGCGUACCCUCUUCUUGUUCUGCACCCACAUGGAGUCAAGAAGAUGGGAGAGCUUCAACUAGCAGUAAGGUUCACUACCCUCUCACUGGCCAACAUGAUUCACAUCUAUGGCCAUCCCUUGCUUCCCAAAAUGCAUUACUUACACCCUUUCACAGUGAACCAAAUAGAGAAUUUAAGAUACCAAGCCAUGAACAUAGUUGCCAUGAGACUUGGCCGAGCUGAACCAUCUCUGAGAAAAGAGGUGGUAGAGUACAUGCUGGAUGUUGAUUCUCACAUGUGGAGUAUGAGAAGAAGCAAAGCUAAUUUCUUCCGCAUAAUGUCUCUCUUUUCUGGUAUGCUCUCAAUGGGAAGAUGGUUUACUGAUGUUUGCCACUGGAAGAACCCCAUCACAACAAUCCUAGUUCACAUCCUUUUUCUGAUACUGAUAUGGAACCCAGAGUUGAUCCUCCCAACUCUCUUUCUCUACAUGUUCUUGAUCGGUCUCUGGAACUACAGGUUCAGGCCAAGACACCCACCUCACAUGGACACAAAGAUCUCCUGGGCAGAAUCUGUAAAUCCAGAUGAACUUGAUGAAGAGUUCGACACUUUUCCAACUUCCAGGUCACUUGAUGUGGUGAGAAUGAGGUAUGAUAGGCUUAGAAGUGUUGCCGGGAGGAUUCAAACAGUGGUUGGAGACAUAGCUACACAAGGUGAGAGGUUUCAAUCUCUGUUAAGUUGGAGGGAUCCAAGAGCGACUAGUCUCUUUGUGGUGUUCAGCUUUGGUGCAGCAUUAGUUCUGUAUGCUACUCCUUUCAGAGCGGUGGCUUUGGUCACUGGUUUGCAUUGCUUGCGCCAUCCAAGGUUUAGGAGUAAGAUGCCUUCCGUGCCAAGCAAUUUCUUCAAGAGGCUCCCAGCUAGAACUGAUACUUUAAUCUAA